UUUUUUUUUUUUGUUUUUAUAUAUAUAUAUAUAGUAUCGUCGUAUUUGUACUAUAGUUUGUGAACUGACCAUGCCUUCCAUGAUGGAAAACCAUAGACGGGAGUAUAGCGAUGACGAUGAUUUUGAGGAUGAAGAUCAAGCAAAAGGAUUAUUGAAUUCUGAACGAACAAGUAGCUCCAUGCCAAGACAUUACCAACAUGGAAUUUAUUAUCCUGAGGACGAAGAAAAUAGCUAUGGCGAUUUGGAAAACGGCAAUGAUAGUUUAAACUUUGGAAAACGAAAGAAAAAGAUAGUGACUUGUACCUGCAUAAGUUUGGUUGGUAUAUUAGCCUUUGCUUGGAUUAUCUGGUCUUUGGCUAUGGGACAAAUGUUUCAAAUUAUUGCUGGCGACUCCCACAAUGAAUAUGAAGAACUUAAACGAAUCGAUAUGAACGAUCUUUAUAACUCCUCAUUCAUACCCCAACGACCUACUUUAGUAUGGGUAGAACAAGAUGCUCAAGAUGGUGUAUUUACUUAUCGUGAUCCUCAAACAAAUGAUAUCUUAUUGGAAGCUAUAGAAGAUGGAUCAAGUCGAAUCUAUGUAGAAAUGAAAGAUUUGCAAAUUGAAAACAAUCCUCUGAAUGUGGAACGGUUUGAAGUUUCGCAAGAUGCUCAAUAUUUAAUGUUAUACACCAAUGUCACCAAACAAUUUCGAUGGUCAUACAAAGCGAACAUCUAUAUCUAUCAUCUUUCUAGUAAAUCUAUCACUCCCUUGAAUGAAGAUACUAAUGUGAACAAACCACCAAGAGUCUCAUAUGCAGCAUGGAGUCCAACUGGUCAUCAAUUGGUAUAUGUGAUGGAAAAUGAUAUUUAUGUGGCAAAUUUAGACAAGCAAACUCACAGUCGUGUCACGUAUGACGGAUCUCCAACUAUUUUUAACGGUGUUCCUGAUUGGGUUUAUGAAGAGGAAGUCUUUGGGAAAGAAUAUUCAUUAUGGUGGUCUCCUGAUUCAACACAUUUGGCCUAUUUACGUUUCAACGAAACAGAUGUCCCUGAGUACCAAGUGCCAUUGUAUACCACCUCCAAUGUAUCAUCUUAUCCUACUCAACUCAAGAUAAAGUAUCCCAAGGCUGGUUCACCCAAUCCUUUAGUAUCACUUCAUAUUCAUUCUGUUAGUACAAUGCAAACAAUCAUGGUGACCAAGAAUGCAACUGCUCAUCCUUUACAAGCAUCUUCCUCCUCUCGGGACUUUGAAGAUGACGAUCGACUUAUCACCGAUGUUAUAUGGGCUACUGACACAAGCACACAUCUUGUUUAUAAGCAAACUAACCGAGUGCAAGAUCAUGAAUUGACUAAUUUAGUGAGUCUCGCUUCUGGUAAAUUGAUGCAAACUAAAGUGGAUACGGUUCGUGAAUAUAAACCUACUGAUGGUGGCUGGAUCGAUGUGGGUCAAUCAAUGGUAUAUCUUCCUUCGAAUAAACAUGAAAAUGAUAUUCAGUAUUCGGAUUUGGCAGACAAUGAAGAUGGAUAUUCUCACUUGGCUAUAGUUACCAUUGAUAAACGUGGUCAGCACAAAGUCUCUACGAAAUGGUUAACCUCGGGCGAUUGGGAAGUGGUUGCUGGAUCCAUUGUAGUGGAUAAGGUUAGACAACUUGUUCAUUUUAUAUCGACGGAAAGAUCAUUUUUGGAACGACAUCUCUACACUGUAUCACUCAAAGAUGAAGAUCCUGCAUCUACCAAAAUCUGCCUGACCUGCUCUGAAGAUCCAGAUGAACAUGCUUAUUAUAGUGUUAACUUCUCACCCAAAGCUGGCUAUUACAUUUUGAAUUAUCUUGGUCCUGAUAUUCCUCGUACAGUGGUUCGUAAGGUAGAUAAUAGCUCAUUUGAAGCUGUGCUCAAUGAUAAUGCAGAUUUACGUCGUCUUUUGGAUGAUUAUCAACUUCCUCGUAUUCGAAUGUCAACAGUCAAAAGUGGCUCCAUCAAUAUGCCUGCUAUGGAAGUACUCCCUCCUGAUUUUGAUAGUACGAAAAAAUACCCUGUUUUAUUCCAUGUUUAUGGUGGACCUGGAUCUCAAUUAGUAUCAUACACGUUUGCUUUGGAUUGGCAUACCUUUGUAGCAAGUCAAUUAGGAUUUAUUGUAGUGACUGUGGAUGGUCGUGGUACUGGAUACCAAGGUCGACAAUAUAGAUCUGUUGUUCGUGGUAAACUAGGUGAUCUUGAAACAGUGGAUCAAGUUAACGCAGCAAGACAUUGGGCAAAUUUGGAUUAUGUGGACUCGUCAAGAAUCGCCAUUUGGGGCUGGUCCUACGGUGGAUAUAUGACAACAAAAGUGAUUGAAGCUGAUGAUGGUGUUUUUGCUACUGGGAUGGCUGUUGCACCUGUUACUGAUUGGCAUUUUUAUGAUUCAAUUUAUACUGAACGAUACAUGCUGACACCUGACAUGAAUAUGGAUGGAUAUCAACAAAGUGCUGUCAACAAUAUGACUGGAUUUGAUCAUGCAAAGUAUUUAUUGAUUCAUGGGACUGGUGAUGAUAAUGUACACUUUCAACAUUCCGCGGUAUUAGUCGACAAACUUACAUUGGCAAAUAUUCACAAUUAUCGUGUUCAAUUCUAUCCCGACAGUAACCAUAGAAUUAAUUAUCAUAAUGCGAAUGCCAAUGUUUAUCAUCUUUUGACAGAAUUCUUAUUUGAAAGUUUUGGUGGAAAAGAUUAUGCUCAUCUACGUGAAGAAACUCAUGGUCAUUUUUCAGGAUCUUUGGAACAUUUACACCAUUAGUAGUUUAUCUAGCAGCGGGGUUAAAAAUUAGUGUUGUAGACAUUGAAAUAAA